CUCUGUCCGACGACGUUGGCUAGAGACCUGUCAUGCUCAAUUCCUCCCAAGCUUGCAUCGAGAUCAACGGGAUUCAGACUGAUCUGCUCAUUCAACCGUUUGCAGACCGGAUCUUCGUGCAGGUCACACAACUCGGGAAAGUUGGCAACUUGGUCCAAGUGUCGAUACCAUCCACAGCGCUUCUCGCUUCUAGUGGCGUAUCUGACCCAUCUGGGCUUGCGUUACCUGCUCCACCAGCAGCCAUACAACUCACACUACUUUUUGGGAGUGCCUCGUCGGAGCAUUUACGGUCGCUGCACUCGCUCUAUGCUGCACAGAUCGCCACACUUGCCUGGUGUGCUGAGGGCCAAGCACCGGGGCCCGGUCGUCGUAGUGUCAUCGUUGGAAUUGCACUUAAGCAAUCUGUGCAGACUGUAGAAGAAGGAUUUGAUGAACACGAGAGGAAGACAUUUCAAGGGAUCAUGCAGGCACUUGCAACCAUGUUGAAUAGAGUAGCGUGAAUUAUUAUUCGACAACAUCUACUGGUGGACAUUUGCUACACAUGGAUUACACCUGCUAAUGAGCUACUGCCCGUGGCCCAGAGCAUGCGUUACGCAUAUUCACUCUUCUACCAAGGUCGCGUAGUCGACAAUUAGUUGACGUCUUUG